AUGGUCAACGCAGACCCAAGAAUCUCAGACUCCCAUCUUGCCCAGAUCAAUGCAGCUGCUGCAGUCCGCGAGUAUGGGGUCGACCCGAGGAUGGAUUACCGAACCGUCUCUGCGCUGACAGAUGAGUUCCCCUCCUAUAAUGAAAUUGUUCAACUUACCCUCCCCGAUGGAACAACACGAGGUGGUCAAGUCCUCGAAGUCAGUGGGAAGAAGGCAAUUGUGCAAGUCUUCGAAGGUACUACAGGUGUAGACACUCUUGCUACGCGGAUCGCCUUUUCAGGCUCGUCAAUGAAGCUUGCUGUGUCCGAAGAUAUGCUUGGACGAGUGUUCAACGGUAGUGGAAACCCCAUUGAUAAGGGACCAAAAGUAUGGGCAGAAGAGUAUCUUGAUAUCAACGGUGAGUCACACUCAAAUAAGAGAUCCGCUAAACCUUCAGGUUCUCCGAUCAAUCCAUACUCACGAAUCUACCCGGAGGAAAUGAUUCAAACUGGUAUCUCUACCAUCGACACCAUGAUCGCUGCACAAAUCUGUCGACAAGCUGGCCUUGUCAAACGCCCUGGGUCUACCAAAGGCGUUCAUGAUGGCCACGAAGACAACUUCUCAAUUGUUUUCGCGGCUAUGGGUGUCAACAUGGAAACCGCACGAUUCUUCAAGCAGGACUUUGAGGAGAGCGGCAGUAUCUCAAACUCGACAUUAUUUGUUAAUCUUGCUUCGGAUCCAACUUACGCCGACGCUUUACGAGAAGUUUCUGCUGCCCGAGAGGAAGUGCCAGGCCGACGAGGUUACCCUGGUUACCUUUAUACCGAUCUGGCUACACUUUACGAACGAGCCGGCCGUGUCGAAGGGCGAAAUGGCUCCAUCACUCAAGUUCCCAUCUUGACCAUGCCAAAUGAUGUAGGAAAAGACGCCGCUUCUAUGAAAGCAGUCGUCGGCGAGGAAGCACUGUCUGCCGACGACAAGCUCGCUUUGGAAUUCCUUGAUCGAUUUGAAAAAGAGUUUGUCGGCCAAGGUGCGUACGAAGCACGAACAAUCUUCGAAUCCCUCGAUAUCGCAUGGGAUCUCCUUCGAAUCUUCCCCAAGGAAUCACUCAAUAGAAUCAGUCCAAAGAUUCUCGCCGAGUUCUAUUCCCGAAAAACGACAAAGCCAGCAGGAGAACCAAAGAAGGAGGAAAAUCUCAUAGAUGCUUAA